CUAUCAGUGCGCCAUAGACUCUGUCUUUAAACGAGUUUUACCUGUGACCAGUCUACAUUCAUUCCAGCUGUACAAUCUCACGCAAGUUUCCACAAUGAAGGCUACGGCGUUUGUGAUUUGUGGUCUUUUGCUGUCGGAGGCUUUGGCGGUGAGCCUAUAUAACGGCACGCCUGUGAACAAGGAGAGAGUGUCAUAUUUCCGUCAAGUAACCCGUGUCUCGUCCCAGGCGACUAAAGUCGGUGUCGAUCUAUGCCCUACCUGUAUCGAUUUCACCGGCCAGGCCAUCGAUACUCUCCUGAACAUCAUCCUUCAAUCUGGUGUUGUUGGCACCUGCGGUGCUCUUUGUAACGCACUGGCCCAGAAAACAGGAAGCCAAGCCCUUGGUGCCGUCUGCAACAUUUUGUGUGAUGUUGUUGGAGUAGAGGAAUUCGUCAAACUUGUUCAGGAAGCUGAUCUUGACCCAAUCUACUUGUGCGAGUUACUUAAAGUUUGUCCAAUCAAGGAUGACGGCGAUGCUCACAUUACAUCAUUUUCCGUCGACCCAAAAUCAGGACCACAAGGUGCUUUCACGCUGGACCUCGAGUUCGAGUCGAAAAAUGGCACAGGAACUGGUGAACUCAUUUUAGAGUGCGAGACCGUUGACCAUCUGCCAGUUCAGGGAGGAUUCAUCGCCGAAAUGCAACCAGCCGGAAAUUACUCUAAACAAUUCAACCUGAAGGCUGAGCCAGAUCCGGACUGUGAUCCGACACAAGGACCCUGUGAACAGUGGCUGCCGGGAAACUACACCGUCAAAAUAUUUGUGUGUAAUGGAGAGUGUGGAAGCAAACACCCACACAGCCAGGUUUACGACAGCGCCCAGACAACGUUUACCAUCACAGAAUAAAUGCGUUAACUAAU